UGUGGUGUACAUGGUAUGUAUGGUGAAAGAAGUGAUGACAGGUAAUUAUUAUUGUCCGGUAUUGAGUCUUCUCCGGGUUGAUGCAGGCUCAGCUGCUUUUAAGUUAGAGAUUUGUCCUCUUAUUUCAACAUUUGAGCAGUGAUAUUGGAGUGAACGUGCAGCUGUCUUGACAGGAAGAUCCUCUGUGAACCCAAUGGUAGAAUUCAAUCUCUCCUAAAAGAUAUGAUAUGAAGCCUGUUCGUGACAAAAAGAAAAGCAUGUCAAAUUCAAUACGUAAAAAGUUAGGACGGGGAAAGAAGUCGGCACCAGGAAAAAGGUCUGCACCCGAUCCCAAGUUGGUUGAGGUAUGUGAGCUCCAAGAUGAAGGAGGCAAAGCAGGGAGAUCCAGGAGUGGUAAGCUGGACUCUCUUGGAGAGGUGUUCACCCCACUGGGUGCUCCAUCUGCAAAGAGAGGUCGACAGGAGCACAGGAGCCCUCAAGGAGUCUCGGCCCUGAACUUGACCCCAGCUAAGGACACCCAGGUGACAAUCAUUGAUACUUCAUUCCAGGAUGAUUCCGGUAACCUCUCUGGCAACAGUAGUUCCCUCUCACCUGACGAAGGCACCGGGAGUCACAGCUUCCAACCAGUGUCCAUGGCUCCCACCGCUUUGGAAGAAUCCUUUGAUAGCAACUCGUCAAGAAAUGAUCAGUCAUCAUCAUCGCUGUCCUCAUCCUGCUCAUCGUUACCCAUGGAUGAAGGAGGCGACCAUUCAGAUGGACUGACUGCUCCUCCAUUGGAGUCUAUGCAGGGAGCAGUGGGUAGCUAUGAUGAGGCCCAAAAUUAUAAAUUAAUAUCACUGCAGAGUGGAUCAGCAUAUCUCCUCCUCUUGCAAGGAGGCACUCGAAUGCCUGUCAGGGGCCUAGCUGAGAUCUCCUCUCUCUACGGAACAGUCGUCGCCCAUGGGUACGAGAUAACCCCCCAGACCCCCAGCCCUGUACCCAUCUACUGUCCUAUCAUUGUCAGCUCCAAGUGCCUGGAGACCGACCGCUCUGAGGGGAGAGAACUGGAACAGACAGAGAGGAAUGCAUUGCUGCACACCAUUUCCACUCUGCAUCCAGAUUCCAUGACGGCGCAGGAAGUGCUUGCUGAGAUGAAGAGUGAAUCUGUUCUGGUGUUGGUGUCAAAGCUGAAUCAUCAGCCUAGCAGCUUCAUCACAAGUCAUGUGGCUCAUAAAAAUCUCUACAGUGGAGGUAGUGCUAAGAAGAUGCUUCAGAAGUCAGAUAUUGCUAUCUGUGACAAAGUUGGCUUAUUCAUCAAUCCUGGGACAACCCAUCAUCAGAACGUGAUUCAGCUUCACCAGGACUAUGAUGUGACUGCUCAGGCUGUGCUUGACGCUGUAAAGGGUGACAUAGUCCCACCUAGAGUCAUGUUUGUCGGGGCUAAGAACUCUGGCAAGUCCACAGCUCUGCGGUACCUAACUAACAGGCUGCUAACUAUUUCUCAACAUGUAGGUUACUUAGAAUGUGACCCAGGUCAAUGUGAAUUCACUGCACCAGCUAUUUUGUCUCUUCAUACCAUCAAGCAAGCAUUAUUAGGGCCACCAUUCACUCAUCUUCAGAAUGCAGAGAAGGCUUACUUCCUUGGAGAUGUGAAUGUUGAAGAUCAUGCAGAGAAUUACCUCAAGAUGAUGGCUGCCCUCAACAGGCAAUACCGUGACAGUUUAUCACAUCUUCCAUUGUUUAUCAAUACCAUGGGAUGGGUUGAAGGUCUUGGAUUGAAGCUGUUGAGAGAGAUCGCCCGCAUCACCCAACCAACUCACAUUAUCCAUCUGGUUGCAAACGAUGAGAAACCAGUCGCUUUCUUCAGCCAAGAGAAAGGAGAUCUGAGUUACUUCAGCAUUCCAUCUGUCACGGACCAACCACUCCUUCCUCCAAAGCAAACCCUUACCAUACAAGCAAAGUGCCAAAUAGACAGCUACCAAGCGUCUUCCCAACGAGAGCUCAACCUUCUAGCAGCCUUCAGUACACUCCUUCCUCUCAAUUCUGACGCCAAACGCCUCACAGAUAUACGCCCUCGGGUGGUGCCAUGGAGCCAUGUCGCUCUCCACAUUUGCCAUAUGUCUGUACCGGUGAACCAAAUCCUGUAUGCUGCUAAUGCCAGUGUAGUGGCAAUGUGUACUACAAGCAAAGAGGAGCUGGAAAGAUGCAAUGUACAGAAAGGUAGCGAAGGUCUGAGAACCCUGACAUCAACUCCAGUCAGUGAAUGCCUGGGCAUAGGUAUCAUCAGGGGUAUUGACCCUCAGAAGAAAGCAUUCUACAUCUUGCCAGCAUUGUCAAACGACCUGCUACCAAAGGUCAACACACUUCUUGUAGGAUCACCCUUCAUUCCAGAAUGUGUCUUUGACCAGCAAUUCAGUACUAAGGGGGCACCGUACUUGAGCGAAAGCUUUGACACCAACGUCCCUGGCUCCCUGCCCAUCCAUCCAAAGACGUACCUCAAGAGAGGCCCUGGAGGGAGGCCUCCAAAAACUUGAUAUUUUAUCAGCACAUUCCAACAUACUCUUAAUAAUUAAUAAUUUAAUUAUGGAGCUUGGCAAUGUUGGAAUUUAAACCCAUUAUUAGGAAAGGUGCUUUAGAGCUUAAAAGAUUAUAAAAUGACUGGGGGUCAUUUAACAAAAAAUUUAAUGUACAUUCCGUGACAGAGCCCAGGAAUACUAGAGGUGACGUUUUUCUUGGGGAGAGGUUCCUCAAGGAAACCUAAAAUAUAAAUUGCCCUAGAGACAUGCUGCCUGAAAAGAGUCAUCUAGUUUUUUAGCCAUCUAUAACUGAGCUCAUGAAUAUUCUUGUUUUUAAAAAAAAAUUGCAGAAGAGAUCUUGGAGAGACACCUAACUAUUGAAGUGUUUCAAGAUAUUUUAACAAAAAAAUCAUGUUGUUUAAGAUAUUGAUGACUAAGAUGUGUUGACUCCUUUUCUAGGAGAGGACAUGGAAUGGGACCUAAGAUCUUUAAAUACCCUCAAGACAUAACUUAAAAUAUUUUUCUAGCUCUCAAGUUUCCAUAUUGUUGAGACAAUCAUAGAGAGAGAGAGAGGGGGGGGGGAGGGAGGGGGAGGAGAGAGACAUUGUAUUAUGAAAUGUAUCAAGACAUUCCAACUCAAAAGGGUCAUCUUGUUUAAAGUUGUAAAUAACCAAGAUGGGUUGACACCUUCUUCACUAUAUAGCAACCUUCUAAAGCACGAAUAGGUAAUAAGAUUUUCCAACUUGGUAAAGACAUUGGAUUUUGAUUAUAGAUAACUAUGAUAAAUUGUAAAGGGGUUGACAUUUUCUUUAAAGAGGUCAACCUGUGUCAACUUCUUUUAAGGGGACCAGUUACUUAAAAACAUAUAUUUUUGUACCACUGGUUUGUAUAAAAAAAAUCAACUCCAAAUAGUUUCCCUGGUAUUCAGUGGUUGUUGUUGGUUGUAUAUUUGGUGCUCAGUCAAAGUUGACUAUUUACGCCUAGUCGGGUUCUUUAGUUUAAUUAGUCAAAGUAGUCGAGUAGUAAUAGUUCCUAGCUUGGAAACUCUGUGCACCUGUGCUUCCCUGAAUGAACUUUUAGUGAGUAUAAAGAAAAAUAUAGGAUAAUAUACAAAAGACCCAUGCAUAAAACUCAAGUAGAACUUGGAUUCUGUUUAUGAGUGUGUAUUAGAUGCAUUGACUAGUCUGCGCCAAAGUCUCUUGUCCUUUUAGUUAGAAUUUCUUUUCAUUUAAGUAAUAUUUUUGAAGCCAGGUUUUUGAGUUAAGCUCUUAUAACAUAAUGGAAUUCAAAAAAUUUGAAGCAAAAUAUAUUUUGAUGAUUACAGUCUUGACCUGGACUAUAUCAAGUGUGACAAUCCUGUAAGAGUCGGAUAAAUCCAUAGUCAUGCAAUCCUUUUAGUUUUAAUCUUGGUGGCUGUUUGUUUAUUUUAUUUUAUGCUGUUAGUUCCUCUAUAAGAUAUGCAUAUACAUUGUAUAUGGAGCUAUUGUGCCAAAUGCUAAUUGAAUUGCCACUUUACAGUAGUAGUUAUUAUCAUUAAGUAUUUUGGCAUCACCUGUGCCUGGAUGGGGAAAGGUGAACUGAACCACUGUGACCCUCUGGGUCUCUCCUCCCGAUGAUGAAGUCGGUUAUACUCUUUUGAUACACCAGAUGUAGGAACAUAAUUUUAAAUGAAAGACGUAUUUACUGUGGUACUCAUGAUGUUUUGAAGUACACAAUGAUAGAUCAUGAAUUGCAUAAAUUAAUAUACGAUUGUUCAGAUAGCCUCAAAUUUGUAGAAAUGGCAGUGUUCAAUCAUGUACCUAAUAUUGCUGCAAUUGUUAAGCAUUUCUAUAAAAAUGUGAAAAUGUACAUAUCUUUGUACAUUUGUACAAUCACAGCCAUAUAAAAAAAAAUGUUCUUUUUUUUUUCUUGGUCCUUCCUGGUGUCGUAUUAAUGUUCUACCAUUCUGAUCCAGUAUUUGCUUGCAGGGGGGUGGGGUAGGGCACAUUUAACCAAAAAAUAGCUAAUGAGUUACAAAAAAUAUAAUUUGCCUUUUUUUUGGGGGGGGGGACUCAAAGACUGUACCACUCUCCCCCCCCCCCCCCCCCCCCCCAUUUUCCUGCAUCUGAACAUUUACUGAAGCAGUUUUCAAACAAUAUUAUUGUGUACCUAUUCAUUUCCAAUGGUGACUUAUUUUUACAAAAUAUCAGCUUUUUAAUGCCAUUUUAAUUAAUUUUGUUUUUAAAAUGAAAUAAUACAAAUGAAAUAAUAUGAUUGAUGUAUGGUGAUUGGGUAAAGUUUGGCUGUUGAACAGUUCUGUCUUUCUGCCAUUAAAAUUGCAUUUGCCUUCUAUCAUAGCAAAA